AUCCACUUGUUUACUAAAAUCUCCCUUGAAAAAGAUAGCAAGAUAUCUCCAGCUACCAGCUCCAACCACCAUUUGCUCUUUCUUUUUCUAUUCUCACUAAUCAUAGGGACCAUUUCUCCUGCAAUUUGUUCUUUUCUCACUCUAUAAUUUAUAGCCAAAAGCUGCUUUCCAACACAACUAGGCUCUACCUUUCUCCAUAGCCACAAAUGCUUAAAAGAGAUCUCACUUAGAAUCUAGCUCCAAGCACUUGCUUUUACAUACCAACAUUGUGUAGCUUUUUGAAUAAGAAGCAAGUAAGUAAGGCUACAGCUUCAAGGUUUCUUGGUUUGGAGUAAGAAGAUGAGUCAGUGUGUACCCGGCUGGGAUGUUGAUGAUAAUACCAAGCUCACUUCUCAAUCUCAUUCUCUCUAUCUAUCUCCUGAUCUUUCCUCGUUAGACUAUGAAGUGGCGGAGUUAACAUGGGAAAAUGGGCACUUAUCAAUGCAUGGUUUAGGGCAACCAAGACUGCCUUAUGACAUUUGGGACAAGCCAUGCCUAGGCGGCACCCUGGAGUCCAUAGUUGACCAGGCCACCUUCUUUCCUGACAAUAAAUCCGUCGGAGAUGGCGCUGAUGCUUGGACCACAGGCGGUGUAAUAGAUGCACUAGUUCCUUGCACUGAUAAUAACAACAUGGUGGAGGGCUCCUCUACGCGAGUCAUGGACUCGGGCUUGGGCAGACAGGUCGAGUCGUGUAGGGACGUGACAAUGGCCUUUGAAGAGGUGAGGGUGGAGCGUCCACCCUCACCUCAGCAAAAUGCAACCUCGGCCAAGCAGUGCACAGCCAACGACCAUCAAUCUGUUUGUCAAACAAAUCCUCAGACGGAGGCAGUUCAUGAGGAAGGAAAGAAGAAAACAAACGACAAGUCAUCGGUUUCGGCUAAAAGAAGAAGAGCAGCUGCCGUCCACAAUCAGUCCGAACGGAAACGAAGAGAUAAGAUUAACCAACGGAUGAUAACGCUGCAGAAGAUGGUUCCAAAUUCUAGUAAGAUUGAUAAAGCUUCCAUGUUGGAUGAAGUGAUUGACUACAUGAAGCAACUUCAGGCACAAGUGAUUAUGAUGAGUCGAAUGAACGGAUCUCCAAUGACAUUACCUCAUGCGAUGCAACAACAGCUCCAAAUGUCAAUGAUGGGCAUGGGGCAUUUUAUAGAUAUGAACCCUGCCAUGGCUUGCCACCCAAAUCUGAUGGCAGUAUCGCCGUCGGUUCUUCAUCCGGUUCCGUCGGUUCUUCAUCCGGUUGCCCACAGGCUGAACCCACCCGCACAAUCUAUGCAUGAUUCCAUGUCUACCUUUCUUGCUGCAUGCCAAUCUCAGCCUAUGACAAUGGAUGCAUAUAGUAGGAUGGCCACAUUCUAUCAUCACAUGAACCAAAAUCAUGGUCCCAGAGUCAUGAAGUAAGUGUGCAUAUAUACAUAGAGUUCACAAAUUGAUUUGCUGCUCAAUUCUUUCGUAAUCAAAGCGAUAGAUCAUAGAUACUGUAAUAAAAUUAAUUGAUUUGAGUAAGAAUUGAUUCAGGAAUUUAUGGUUGUGAAAGUACUUUACUUGAUAUGUAUGUCACUAAAACAAUGUCCAAAGAUAUGUGAAAUGCAAUGAGACGAUUUUACUAGCAAAUUCAUGUUAUCUGUGUUU